AAUGCGGUUAAAUAAACCAUAUUGUCUCUCGCUGAGCUAUUCGAGACAUACAAGCUACUUUCUUAAGGGAAAUAUCGCUGUAAAUUAAUUCCAUGACCACUUGGGCAACUACGUUUUUCUUAUUUUGACUAAUUUUAAAACGGAGCUGAACGCUAAUCACCUGAAGCUGCUUUGGUACGCAUUUUCAAAAGUUCGGCUUAUAGUAUUACCGAUCGGCGUGAUAAUUAUCCACGUAUUAUCAAUUAUUAAUAAGAGGUUUUUCUUUUACAUUGGAUACAGGUUACUCGAGCCAUGAGAAUAUUACCGAAUGCAACCUCGACCUUGGCGCGGAACAGCAUCAUGCCUGGUUGCCUGAGAAAAACUUCAGAGACCUAUCCAUAGCAUUAUGACUAUGAAGCGUAUGGCUAACCAGAAGUGAAAGACAUUUUGGGUCUUUAGCGGAACGAAGGAGAUGGUUUUUGGAAAGAAUUACAUCCUUGCAUUCCUUUUUGUGCUGCAUCAGUGUCUUCGUGUUGCAGACGGGCUAAACAUUGCUGGGGACGACCCAUGGUACAAAAAGGCGAGCUUUCACUGGCCAUUCAACACCUUGACAGACCCCGGCAUUGUAGACCAACGGGGCACCAACAGUGUCAGGGCCUAUAACAAGAACGGCCUUCAACUGGAUGGUUUGUUAGGGAGCUGGGCUGAUCUGGGGAACUUCUCAUACCACUGUAUCAACAACCCAGACGCAUGCGCACUAGGCUUUACAAUGACUUUCUGGUUGCGAGUUAACGACCGUCAAGAUAAGCGAUUUGUCAUGCAAAUUGCUUCUGCCACGCUAGCUGUCGGGACAACGGUGGAAAUAGACAAUGACAUGCUGGGUGUGUUCGUAAACAGUCCUGCAGUACAGCGGAAUAUCGAAAUAAAGUGGCCUUACUCAAGAUGGAAUUUCGUAGCUGUAACGUGGAACAAAACAGAGGGCAAGGUCGGUGUUUUGUUAAACUGCAGCUCCGUGCCGUACCAGAAAGAUACUGUCGACCGCAGGUAUGAUCUCGCACCCGUUCCGCCGUAUCACACGCUUAUGCUGGGGGCCAAUAACGCUCGACUGAGGAGCAUUAAGAUGACUAUUGACGAACUUGCGGUCUGGGACGGCGUCUUGUCGACAAAGGACAUAUGUUAUAUCAUGGAGUCUAAGGCAGUUGAUGGAAACUACACCAACUGGUCUGACUUCAGCCCGUGUUCGGUCUCAUGUGGUCAGGGUACAAAAACGAGGACCAGAUCUUGCACUAAUCCUCGGCCACAACACGGAGGGGAACCCUGUCAGGGUGAUUCCAAAGAUGCACAGAAUUGCUUUCUAAGGUACUGCCCUGUACAUGGCAACUAUACUGAAUGGUCCGUGUUUAGCCCUUGCACGUUAACAUGCGGAGGAGGCAAGCAAUAUCGAACUAGAGCUUGCACUCGUCCUAGUCCCCAAUACGGCGGACGUAACUGCUCGGGACUGGGUCCGGAGCGAGAGGACGUCGACUGUAAUCAAAAUCCUUGUCCAAUUAAUGGCGGUUACAGCGAGUGGUCGGAUUAUAGCGCAUGCUCCGUGAGUUGCAACAGCGGAAAAGAAACCCGGACAAGAAUGUGCAAUCGACCAUUACCACAACACGGAGGCAGGGACUGCUCUGAGUAUGGACCAACCAAAGAAACGCGGUCCUGCUUUAUUAAGGUGUGUCCCGUUGAUGGUAACUAUAGCAACUGGAGUGAUUUUAGCCCUUGCACUAAAUCCUGCGGAAGUGGGCUGAAAACCAGGACUAGAGAAUGCAACAAUCCGGCCCCAGUGGGAGAGGGCAGGAAUUGUUCUCGUUUAGGCCCACCAAAAGAGCACUGGCCUUGCAACACACAGCCUUGUCCAGUCAGUGGGGGAUAUACGCCAUGGUCUGAAUUCAGCCCAUGCACAAAAUCCUGUGCGGGUGGGACUCAGUUUAGGACACGCAACUGUACCAAUCCCAAACCGGAAGCAGGAGGUCAAGAUUGCACUCGUCUAGGGCCCCCUGAGGAGACAGCGCCAUGUAACACACAGCCCUGUCCCGUGGACGGUGGGUAUGGAGAGUGGUCUAGAUUCUCGUCAUGUUCUCGGACGUGCGGUGGCGGAGAAAGCGUUAGAUCAAGAAAGUGCAAUAAUCCAGCUCCACGGCAUAAGGGAAGAGACUGUUUGCGAUUAGGACCUGCGCGAGAAGCUCGUGAUUGCAACCCAGAGCAGUGUCCAGAUAUCAGUUUCAUAACAGCCGUUACGUUCACAGAAGAGAAGUUUUACACUGACAUUUUGAACAUGAAUUCUAAGACGUUCAAACAACUGGAAAAGAAAAUCAAAUACAAUGUGGGUAAGAUUUAUGACGAAAAUUCUGCUCUACAGUCGAUUGAGGUUAAAUGGUGUGGAACAACAGAUGGCAGAGGCCCGGGUGUAUCGUGCGUCCUACAGUUCGGCUUUAGGGCGGAUCGUUAUGACGGAGUUAUCGCUCUACAAGACGCUCUGACGAUGAGAAAUAUGUUAUACUCCAUGGCGGUCAAAACUCAUUACAUCAGCAGUACUGACGUUCCCAGUCACCCACCUGAAAACGUCACAGUUCGCAAUACCAGCUCUCGAAGUAUCAGCGUCACGUGGGACAGAAUCCGGCCACACAGCUUAUCGGGUGGAGCAAUCCUUGGAUACCGUCUAGCCUACUCUGACGAGGAUGGCUCAUCAUGGAGUCUGGUGGUAGAAGGGAAGAAAAAUACGCACGUAGAGUUAAAGCGUCUUCAGAUUUACACCUUGUACUGUGUGAGAAUUAUGGGAUACAACAGACGAGGAGAUGGAAAAGCUUCAUUCCCUGUUUGUACUUACACUGACAAAGAUGUUCCAGAUGGUGCGCCUCCAAACGUGACUGCGCGGAAUCUGAGUUCCACAGAGCUCCUUGUGGAAUGGUACUCGUUGCCAGCAAAAUACAUCCAUGGCGUUUUGGUCGGCUAUCAGAUGAAUUUCACAAGGGAUAAGACAAACGUCACUAAAGUACUAAACAUUCGACCGAAUGUCACAAACUAUCACGUGACUGGACUAGAGAGGUACGCUCCUUACGUCAUUUCUUUAGCAGCUGUCAAUGAAGUGGGUGUUGGUGUGUUUAGUCAUGACGUCAUUGCAUGGACUGACGAGGCUGCUCCUAGCAAACCUCCAAACAUCUCACAGAUAUAUUACACCAGUUCCACAAGUAUUCGAGUGCACUGGGAACCAAUCCCUCAGCAGUACGUUCACGGACGGUUGCUAGGAUACCAGGUAGAGUACCGUCGGGUGGAGCCAAGCUUUCUAAACACUUGGAAAACUAUCACUGUUGGCGCCAACGAUCAUGCAGCCACCAUCACUGGCCUUAAAAAGAAUGGAGCGUAUUUCUUUCAAGUUGGAGCGUUCACAAGAAAGGGCAGGGGAACCUUAAGCAAAGCUUACAUGAUCAGGACAGAUGAAGAUGUCCCCUCUCAACCUCCUCAAAAUGUCACCGUCGCCAAGGACAACUCUACAUCAACGAGCCUGUUCAUUCACUGGCGUCCAGUCCCCGCGAACCAUCGAAAUGGCAUCAUCCUGGGCUAUCGAGUUUUAUACAAAAGAUCUCGGAGUCUGGACAAGCUUAAGUCAAGAAACGUUUCGAACGUAUCGACUACGGUAGAACUAAAGAACUUGAGCAAGUACACAGAAUAUGAUGUCACUGUUUUAGCUUAUACUUCGAAAGGAAAUGGGGUGCGGGCGAAGUUUUUCACGGUCUCCACCACGGAGGAUCGUAAGUAAACAUUUACAAACAUUUUUCUGUAAUUCGAUGAUACAACCAGCUCUGGACAAUAUCCGAUGUUAUUAUAUGGCAAGGUAGUCUUGAGGUAAAUGCAAGCGUUGUGAUUGGUUCGUCGGGAUUUUGCCAUAUGGACCGUUUUCAUGGAAACGGCCUCAGCCGUGUAUAUUUUUGUUUUCGAAAGCCGACAGAAUUAAUUCAAAACAAGCAUGGCCCUAGUGUCGUAAAAUAAAUUAUUUACUUAACUAACUUACUCGAGCCUUACUGAGGAAUAUUGGCCCCGAGUGUUUUGUACGGAACUCGCUGCGCUGGGUCAGUAAUGUUGCGACCCCAAGCCAAUAUUCCCCUUUACGGCCCUCGCGUUCGAUUAGUAAGAGGUUAUUACUUUAUUUAAGCUUUCUUAUUGGCUCACAGUCCCGAUUAACAGCAAAUAGCUGGACGUUUACCAAGUAUGAAAAGAACAAGAAAAUGGAUGAGUUAUUUGCUUACAAUUUUGUUCGUCCCGACAAAUAACUCUUACAAGAGAUAGCUACAAGUCCUACAUCAACAAAUAUAAAGAGCAUUAGCGUGUCUAUCAGUAAAAGGCAAUAAAAAUACGAAAAUCUGCUAAUACACAAAGUUUUAUACGAAACAGUGUAUG